AUGGCGGCCGGCGGCGGGGCUCCGUGGGCGGAGCGCGCGCGGGUGGUGGGGACGCAGAUCCGCAACAGGUUCCGCGUGGCGCCCGUGGACCACCGGUCGCUGUGGCUGCGGGCGGACGGCCGUGUCGCCACUGAGGCGGUCCGGCGGUGGUCGGAUCGCGUUCGGGCCCUGCUGCAGAGGGACCGGGGCUCGGAUCGGAGCUCCACAUCGACGGAGACAUCUCCUGAGGCGGCGGCGAAGCCUUCGUCCAGUGCUUUGAGAUUCUACAGAGAGAGUUUGGUUCAAUGUGGUGUGCGGCAGUUUUGCACCUUGGGCAAAGAAGUUAAUGGGAUUGAAGACUCUGUUAUUUUCCGGUCGCUUCAAGCAUUGGCUGUUCCUCUUAUUGGCAAUGCAUGCUAUGUUUUUAUGCAUGGCCUUAACUCUGUUCAGGUUUAUGGUGCAGAGAAGCUUCAUCAGGCAUUACAAGGGAGACCUAAAGGCAAGGCUCUUCUAACGGUCAGCAAUCAUGUGGCAGCAAUGGAUGAUCCAUUUGUAAUUGCCUCCCUUCUACCACCAUCUGUUAUGCUGGAAGCACAAAAGCUGAGAUGGACACUGUGUGCGACUGAUCGUUGCUUUACAAAUCCAGUUUUGUCUACAUUCUUCAGGUCUGUUAAGGUGUUACCUGUUUCUCGUGGUGAAGGCAUCUACCAAAAGGGAAUGGAUAUGGCACUUUCAAAGCUUAACAGUGGUGGAUGGGUUCAUAUAUUUCCUGAAGGAAGCCGUUCAAGGGAUGGAGGGAAAACCAUUGCUCCUGCCAAGAGAGGUGUUGGAAGAUUGGUAAUGGAUGCUGACAGCCUUCCAGUUGUAAUACCCUUUGUCCAUACUGGGAUGCAGGAUAUAAUGCCUGUUGGAAAACGCAUCCCCAGAGCAGGAAAAAGGGUGAUUGUGGUUGUGGGUGACCCAAUCAGCUUUGAUGACCUGCUCAUUGACAACUGUGAUGACACCCAACAUAUCUCUAGAGGGAUCUUGUACGACAAAGCAACAGAAAGAAUUGGGCAGCGAUUGCAGGAACUCAAGGUCGAAGUUGACAGACUUGCUGCAGAGCAGAGAUCUGAGCUCCAAAACCACAACGUGAGUGAUGAUGGAUACCGGCUGUGGCAGCAGGUUGAUUGGGAAGGGUUUGGCAUAGGGAGUUCCAUGCUGUCAUCAGAACCUUCAGCUGUCCAAGUGCCAUCAAAGGAAGCCGAGCCAGAACCGCACCUGGAAGUGGAACGAAGCGUGUCUCCAGCCCCAAGUGCAUCAACCUCUUACAAUGUUGCUGUUCCUCACUGGUUCCAGCGUCACGUGGAUCCUUCUGAGUUCAUGGGGUUUGCUGCGCGUGGCCUGAUCAAGAAUGGCAAGUUCUUAGAGGAAGGUUACAGGGAACUCCAACAAUCGGCUACUACUCUGAACACCUGGUGGAUUUCUCGUGCCAACAAUGCUGCACACCGAUGGAGCACUGCUUGA